GGGCAACAGCUCCACUGCCCCCCCCCCCCCAACUGGGUUUCACUGCCCUAUAAUUAGUAUUAACCCUUAUGUACUGAGCCUGAGCCCAACUCACCCUGGGCCCCCGGAACCCAAUAUGGACAAUGACAACUCCUACCUCUACCCUGUGGCCCUAAAGUGGGAUCUGGGGCCCGAGAAACUGAAGGAGCUGAAGAACAAACUGCUUGUGUAUUUCCAGAGCAAGAGCAAGUCUAACGGAGGGGAGUGUGUGAUCAGGGACCCCGACUGCACCCCCGGAUAUGUCCUCAUCCACUUCAGCCAAGAAACAGUGAGAGAGGCUGUGCUUACAAAAGAGACCCACGAAAUGAAUUUAUCAGGAGGAAAGAGAUUAAAGUUGGACGUCUCACUGCCCAGAGAGCAAACUCCCACCAGUGACCAGAGAUCCCCAGGGGGCAGAACUGAGCCCCGUGGGCACCAAGCGCCAGGACCCUCUCCUGAAGAAGUGACUGCCCAGGCCUCCUCGUUGGCGGGACCCCCUUCUCUGGAUGGGACUCCUGAGGCUGUAGGGGGGGCACCUACUAUUGAUGUGGCCCUUGAGGCCCCGCCCCCUGUGGCUCUGAUUGACAGUAUCCCCGACUCCUGCACGUUGGAGAUGUUGAACCUCCUGGUGGAGAACAUCAGCGGGAAAUGUGCCGGCACCGAGUUUUCCUUGGAGAUGAUCCCUGAGAUUAAAUCUGGGGCGGUCACUUUCUGCUGUAACAUUGAUUUCCGUGAUUUCCUCAGAGGUUUCCAUGGGAACCGGCGGGUGAAGCAGAUGGGACUGAGGGCGAAGCCCCUGGAGGAGACUGACAGUAUCCGGGCUGAGAAUCUGCCCCCCAACUCGUCUGAGGAUCACCUGCAGAUCUACUUUGAGAGCCCGCGCUAUGGGGGCGGGGCCGUGGAGGGGGUGGAGCUAAUCGCAGAAGAGGGCGCUGCCAUAGUAACGUUUUCUGAUAAACAAGAUGCAAAGAGAGUGUUGGGGAAGCAGCAUGUGUUUGGGAAGAGGCCGAUAUCUGUGUAUCCUUACUAUGAGUCCCUGGGGAUAACUCUAUAUGGGGAGAAGGGACCUUGUGUAACAUUACCUGAACCCCUGGAGGUGCCAGUCAGUCCCUAUGUACUGGAAUUCAUACUGGGAGACCCACAGAUAAAAGGCGACAUAGACAAGAAGAUGGCAGAUAAGAACUGUGAGAUGACAUGGCCAGAUCCAAACUGCCCCAAUCCCACCAUUAAACUGUCCAUCCCCAGCUCCAUAUCAUCUCAUCUCAGGACUGUGGCAAAGAUUGUACGGACAUGGAGGGAUCAGGUUUCUACAGAAUUCUCCCUUAUUAUUUCCAAGUUCAAAGUCGCAGAGUACGAUGUGAUUCCACCAGUUUGGGAAGCCAUCAAAGGAGAAGUCAGCAGCUCCACAUAUGGGGGGGUUUUGGUCAAACCAGACCUUGCCAAACACAAAGUCUUCCUUGCAGGACUCUCCAAGGUUAUGACUAAGGAAGAGGAAAAUUUCAGGGCCCUGGUAGAAAAUACCACCAGGCGGAUUGAUAGACAAAACCGCAGUAUGGAAAUGUCUGAGCCACUGGCCCCUGCUCUCUAUGAAAUAAUGUGCAAAACUGGGCAGAUGGAAACUAUCCAGUCACAGUCUCCAGAGCUCAGAAUUGAGUAUGAUGUGCCAACCAGGAACCUCAAGCUCUAUGGAGUCAAAGAAGAAGUUCUCUCUGCCAAAUGUGAAAUACUCAAAAUAAUGCAACAACUGAAAUCUAAACCCCUCCCACUGGAUCCCCACAUCAUCCAUUUCUUGGGUUUUACUGAUAAUGAUGAGUUGUCCUGUCUCCUCCUCACUCGGCAUAAUAUUAAUGCCAUGUUUCAGACUGAGGGUAAAUCAGUCACACUGACCGGACUCUCCAUGAAGGAUCUGUCAGAGGCAGAAGCACAGAUGGGCCGAGAGUUAGUCUGUAAGCAACUUACUGUAGAAGACAAGAUGAUUAUCAAGGGCCCUGAGUGGAGAAGUCUCCAUACUCAUUUGUGUGAAUUAUUUAACUCGGAGAAAUGCACGGUUGUGAUUGAGGAGUUUCCCCGAGGGGCAGAGAAUCAGGUGGUUAUUGCUGGUCUGGCUCCCAGUGUAGGGAAAGCUUCCCAACAGAUCCAUGACUUUCUGGAGAGGAACACUCCCAUACAGAAGGACAUUCCCGUCACAUCGGUGGGCGUUAUACAGUUUAUUAAAGAUGAAAAGCAGGAUACUUGUAUGGAAAUAAAAAAGAAAAAUGUAAGUGUUACCUUAAAGCGGAAAUCUAUUGCCCUGAGUGGGUCCAGACUGUAUGUUCUAGAGGCAGCCGCCCUUAUAGAAAAGGUUCUCUCCUCACUACACACUGACGCUCUCAGUAUAAAUAAACCCGGAGCCAAGAAGUUCUUUAUAGAGAAGGAAGAGAUGUUCGUUAGUACAGCGAGGAGUAAAUACAAGUGUUUGAUAUAUCUGCAGACGGAAGGAGAAGAAGACUUUAUAGACAUUGAUAGGAAUGUAGAUGAAGCCAAGUGCCAAAUAGACUUGCCACAAGGAGUGACCAUUGCAGUCUAUAAGGAUGACCUGACCCGUCACCGUGUUGAUGUUGUGGUCAAUGCAGCUAAUGAGGACCUGAAGCACAUCGGGGGGCUGGCGUUGGCCCUACUGAGAGCUGCGGGGCCCCAACUACAAACUGAUUGUGAUCGUAUAGUUAGAACCAAUGGGAGAUUAUUUCCUGGUGAUGCAAAGAUAACCGAUGGUGGCAAUCUGCCCUGCAAGCAGGUUAUACAUGCGGUGGGGCCCCGAUGGGACUCAAGCUCACUAGCAAAAUGCGAGCGUCAGCUUCGGAAAGCGAUAACCAACAGCUUAGAACUGGCUGCAGAGAACCAACACGGUUCUAUUGGGAUCCCAGCAGUCAGUUCAGGAAUAUUCGGGUUCCCCAUAGGGCGCUGCGUUGGGAACAUUACUGAGUCCAUCAGCCAGUAUUUGGAAGACCAUCGAGGAACAUCGUCCAUUAAAAGGAUUCACAUUGUGGACACAGACGAUAAAAUCAUUUCUACGUUUAUUCAAGCUCUGAAAGAUGAAUUCGGAGAUGAAAAAGUACAAGUGACCCCAAAACGUAAUGUUACAGAGGAGCAGAAAAGGAGACCGAACCCCAAACCUGAGGGAACGAGAGAGCCGGCCCGACAGAUGGUAAAUGUCAAUGGCGUCGCCAUUCAGCUCAUCAAGGGGAACCUGCAAGAUGCCUCAACGGAUGUCAUUGUGAACAGUGUGGGGAAGGACCUGGACCUUGAUAGUGGAGGAGCCUCCAAAGCUUUAUUACGCAAGGCUGGGAAGAAACUCCAGCACCUUCUUCAGGCUGAGUGCAAAGGAAAGCAAGUGCAGGAGGGUUUAGUGAUUGCAACAAAUGGCUGCGACCUGUCCUGUCAGAUGGUCCUUCAUGUCAUUGCUCCACACUGGAACCAAGGAAACAGCGUCGCUGAGAAGACAUUAAGGGAGAUCAUUCAGACUUGCCUCAGUACCACAGAGAAGAGACAACUGAAUUCCAUUACGUUCCCGGCAAUUGGAACAGGAGCUUUAGGUUUUCCCAAGAACCUUGUUGCCACUUUAAUGUUUGAAGAGGUGGAAAAAUUCAGUGGCAGCAAAAACGUUCAACAUCUCCAAGAAGUCAACGUUGUGCUGCAUCCGAGCGACGCCGACACGAUGACGGCAUUUUUUGCUGAAUCGAGAAAGAGAACGGGGACAAAUGCCCCGAAGGCCAAUCCUCUGCCCAAGUCACUUGUCUCAAAAAAUUCUGGCACAGAGGUGAUUGGAUCAGUCAGCACCCCGACACUGGGGGUCCAUCAGAUGACGAUCGGAUCACUUACCUAUCAAGUGAAAACGGGAGAUAUCACCAAGGAGACUACGGAUGUGAUUGUCAAUUCAUCCAAUGGAAACUUCACUCUCAGAACAGGGGUAUCCAAGGCGAUUCUGGAGGCCGCGGGGCAGAGUGUGGCAGAUGAAUGUACCAAGCUCGGGUCCGGGCCCCACAAGGGCUUCAUCCUUACAGAUAAGGGCAAUUUACUGUGUAAGAAGAUUCUCCAUGUUUGUGGGCGGAACUCCCCGAGUGAGAUCAAGUCGUGCGUGUUGGACGCGCUGCAGGAGUGCGAGAGGAUCCGGGUUGCGUCGGUCGCAUUUCCCGCCAUCGGAUCAGGUGGGGGCAGUGUGCGCCCCGAGGAUGUCGCUGGAGCCAUGCAGGAGGCGGUGCUUGAGUUCGUAUCCUCGAAAUCUCCCCAAAACCUCCAGAUGGUCAAAAUCGUUAUUUUCCAGGAGAAAAUGUUGCAGAGUUUCUACGACUGCAUGAAAAGCAGAGAGGGAACCAACCUGCCCAAAGCGACCUCCAUAUUGGGCAAAAUUACAUCCUUUUUUGGUUCUUUAUUCUCGGGUUCUGAGGAGGCGGAAGAACCUUCCGUGAUUGUUCUGAAGGAAAACAUUGAACCGGCAAAUUUUUCUCUUUGUGGAGAAGACAGGGCUCAGGUGAGGGCGGCCAAGUCGUGGCUGGAGGACAUGGUAAGGGGGGAGCAGAGCGAGGACGUCAUCACCAACGAUUGGAUUCUGGAGUUUGAUGAUCGGGAACAACAGAGACUGCGGGACCUGCAGAGGAGAUCCCAAGUGUCCAUCAGCUUCGAGUCUCACAGAUCCACCAUCAGAGUGUCCGGCCUGACCCGAGACGUCUUCAAUGUCUCCAAGGAAAUACACGAAAUGGUAAAAAAGAUAAGCGUCCGGAAAACCCGGGAGCGGGAGGCGGAGCUCUACAGUAACCUGGUGGAAUGGAGGUACCAUGAUGGCUCCGGGUUUGCUCCCUUUGAUAAAAUGUCCAACCUGGAUCUAGAAAAGGCCCAGAAUGAGGGCAGGCAGAGCCUCACUGUCGAUGUUGGGGGAGUUAAAUACACAGUCAACAUGGAGAGGAAAUCUGCGUCAGAUCCCAGGGGGAAGAAUGUGAAGAUCGAUCGAGCGUCUAAAAGUGGGGAAACCAUGGAGUUGCCGCCCGAUUGGGACACUAUGACGAAUGAGCAGGUGAAGGUGGUGCCCCUGAACCCCCAGACCCCCGAGUACAGGGACGUGCACGGUCUGUUUGCAAAGAGCUGCCCAAUGACAAUCAUUAAGAUUGAGAGGAUUCAGAACAAGCACCUCUGGUUCAACUACCAAAUCAAGAAGCAGAGCAUCGACGCCAAGAACCAAUCAGCAACCAACGAGAAGCAACUGUUCCACGGCUCCGACCCCAACGCCAUACGGAACGUCAACCACAAUGGGUUCAACCGAAGCUACGCCGGCAAGAACGCCGCUUGUUACGGAAACGGAACGUAUUUCGCAGUAAACGCCAGUUACUCGGCGCACGACACCUACUCCCGGCCCGACACAAACAGACACAAACACAUGUACCUGGCGCGGGUCCUGACUGGCGUCUCCUGCGUUGGCCGACAGGGCAUGGUGGCGCCUCCUGCCAAGAACCCAUCGAACCCGACGGAUCUGUACGACAGUGUGACCGACCGAGCGGCCAAUCCCAACAUGUUUGUGAUAUUUAAUGACAUUCAGGCCUAUCCCGAGUACCUUAUCACCUUUACACAGUGAUUGGCUGCUUAGUUGGGGCCCUAGGGAGCGACUAUCCCGGGGCCCUCAGGUUCCUGGCAGUGACGGAGGAGGAGCAAUUGCCACACAGCAGAUCCCCUUGCCCCCCCCAUUACACUAUGGCAGCUUCUGUAUCACCGCUGAUGCUUCCCGUAGCAACCAAACAGAUCUUUGCUUUUGUUAUCUAACUUGUAGGUGACCGUUCAACUCUAAUUGCUGAUUGGUUGCUAUGGGCAAUGAUGUUACACGCUAUAAUAAAUAUGGCCAACGUGUCGCUUUAGUUGAUUUUUAGAUGAUUAAUUGAAUUUCAGACAAAUUUGUCCCUAACGAGCUGCUGUGUAAUAAAGGCAAACGGCUAUUUGUG